AUGCAACCAGUUGGCUUUUGCCAGGCAAACCUGGGCACCGGAGGACUGUCCUGCUGCCACGCCAAACUCCAGCCAACGGCGUCAUUCUUGGAGGGAAGGCCCCACGCAGGUCCUCUCAGCAGUCCUUCCUCAAUUUGGUCUGGCCAGCAUUUCGGCCCAGGCUGCUACGAAGGGAAGAAACUACCAAAUGUUUUGGAGGCAGGGCACACGAAAGACAACAGGUACCUACCGCUCGUGCGGCAUUCGGGCCAAGUGAAGGUACCCAACGCGGCAUGUUGGCACCCGACCCUCAACGGCACCUUCCAACCAGACCAGACCAGACCAGACCUUCCAUGA